AUGCGCUUUCAACAUUUAGAGUCUUUAUCCUUAUGUGGUUGUACGGAGCUCAAUGAUUCAGGAUUAACCCGUCUGCUAAGCUAUGGUUCGAAUUUACAGAAACUUAAUCUAGAUUGUUGUUUGAAAGUUACUGAUUACGGGCUAUCCCUGGUUGCUUCUAGUUGUCCCUCAUUGACGUCAAUUAGUCUCUAUCGGUGUAUCAACAUUUCUGAUGACGGAUUAGAGACUUUAGCCACUGCUUGUUUAUCUUUGAAAUGCAUAAACCUCUCGUACUGCUCACAAAUAUCCGACAAAGGGUUGAAAGCUCUUACUCAGAGGUGUCGUCAGCUUCAGGCAGUUAACAUAUCACACUGUGAGAGUAUAAGAGGUGUUGGCUUCAAAGGGUGUUCAAAAUCUCUCACACAUGUAGAGGCUUGGUCUUGUAAGCUCAACCCAGAAGGGGUGACGGGAAUAAUUAGUGGCGGUGGUAUAGAGUAUCUAGACGUAUCUUGUUUAAGUUGGUAUCCCUUAGGAGAUACCUUGCUUGGAAUAAGAUUGUCCUCAAACCUCAAAGUCCUUAACUUUCGAAUGUGCAGAUCUGUUUCCGAUACUUCUAUUGUUGCAAUAGCCAUGGGAUGUACACUACUUGAAGAAUGGAACUUAGCAUUAUGUCAUGAGGUGAGGAUAUCUGGAUGGCAAGCAGUGGGGUUAUAUUGUCAGAAUUUAAAGAGACUGCAUGUUAAUCGAUGCCGUAAUCUCAAUGAUAAUGGCCUGCAGGCAUUACGAGACGGUUGCAGAAGUCUCUCGGUUUUGUACUUGAAUGGUUGUGUUCACGGUAUUCUUUUGGUUUAUUUGUUGUACGGGGUGAUUGUGUACGAGUUCCAAUAUUAUCUUAGAUUGGUUGCACAUCAUGAUUUCCAAGGCAAAUACUCGGCAAUUAAACAAGACACCAACACAAACACUGUUGUAGGUGAUUGGUAUGCUUUCAGUCAACAGAGAACAAGUUGCUCAGAAAGGACUGGACGCCUCAAAGAAUAG